UUCCAACACUAUGCUAAAUCUGGGCUAAAACGCGACGAAGGAGAAAAAAAACACAAACAGAACGCGAAAACGGGGAAAAUCGGGAGCCUUGGCCGGCCAAAAGGAAAAUCUCGCCGAGCAGGAGCACCAUGACAUCCAUACUGGACAUGAAGUCCGGCCCGCCCGACUACUGGGCGGAGAUAAGCAACUUUUUCCUGCCGCUGAAAUACCUGAUCACCAACGAGCGAUUCGACGCCCUCGUGCGGGACAUAGACCUGUUUUACCUGAUUAACGGUGUCUUCUGGAUCUUCGUGGCGAUGUCCUGCGGCUUCUGUGGCUUUCAAAGGCUUUUCCAGUUCUUCCUCAAGUCGUCGAAUAUGAAGUACUUUAAGCGAAAGCAGUUUGCCCGUGUCAUCUGGAAUAUUGCAUUCUAUGGGGCCAGCUGCCUGUUUCUGCACUUCUACAACGAGUUCAUCCUUCUGCCGCAAUUGAUGAAGAAUCAAGGACGCUAUUCGCUGUUUUAUUCCUCGGAGAAUGUCAUCUUCUAUCGCUCGAAUCAGACGGAAAAGUUCCAGUUUUAUUCGAUCUUCAUCAUCACGUUCUACCUGCAUGGGGCAAUGCUGGACUUUAAGGAGGCCGAUUUUCUGGAAGUGGGCUCCAAGGGGCUUUACCUGCUGUCACUCAUCGCCAUCGAUGUUUACCGGUAUGAAAACUACUUUGUUGGCUUGAAUCUGACGGUUGGCCUGUACAGCAUACUCACCGAGGUGCUGGCUCUUCUGGUCCUGCCCAGCUCCUAUAGCCACCGGAUUGUAUAUCAAGUGUUCCUGGGCCUACAGAUCGCAGCCUGGGCGCAUGUGUUUGUCAAUCUGGUGCCAUUCAAGUACCUAAUACCCACGCUGUUUGCCAAGAACUUUAAGUUGCCCCUGAAUGUUGCCAUUUGGUUCUGGUAUGGCAUCUCGAUCUGGAACUCACCGGUGUUGCAGUGCUUCUACCAUCAGAUAUAUCACACAUCACCCUCGGAUUGUUCCGGCGAUGGGUCCGCAGCUAAAUGCAUCAUGGUCAAGGACUCGAGCGAAUUCCGGCACUACAAGACCCUGAAGAAGGCCUAUCUGGAGGUAAAGUUGGCCCACGAGAGGAUCAAUGCCCAAUCGCUGUCAACCCAUGAAACCAGUUCAGCCUCGGCCAAAACUUUCCAGGCUAUUAAAUGCGUCAUGAUGCUAAAACGCAAAUUGAAGCGUAUUCGCGAGGGUCGCGGCCAUGAGCCCGAGGACGACACCGAGGAUAUGACUACCACAGAUGCCUAAAUCGAAUUGAGAAAGUUACAUACACACCCAAGACACACAUUUCCUUAGACAAAAAAAAACAACAAAAAAGACACAAAGAUCCUGCUUAGGUUAAAAGAAUCACAAAGAUGAAACUACCUCCAUCCCUGGCUAUAAGAGUAGUGUAUUCUCUCUCUCUAUCUAAUUCUCUCUGUCUCUCUCUUAAUAGACAUAAUGCCGGUUAGAAGUUUAUGCGUGCUUGGUUGUAAAAGAAAAAGACUACUAUACAAUUAUUAGACCCAAAAUCUUCAGCAAUGUCUUCACGAAUUAUACGAGUGAGGCUUAUCUCGAUUAA